GGCGGUGGCGGUGGCGGUUGUUGCUGUUGCCCAAAAUUGCGACCCGUUUACCUUCUUCUUUGGCUCAUUCAUGAUGGUGACGAGCAUUGGACAUGGCCCGCCCGGAUAGCGCGUGAUGAGCAAUCUCUUGCCCAUCGUGGUUGGGUGCUUCACGCUUCGAAUAUCCUACAGCCUUUAGAAUAUCCCCAGAUUGAGACGGUUUGGCGAGGAUCCACUCGAUCCUUAUUGUUUUCCUGCCUACUCGCUGAACAUGUGAAACGGCCCAGACCUGUUCUAAGUAGAAACAAAACGAAAUGUGGAAUAGACUCCUUUUUGCCUGGGCAUUUUUGGCCCACUUUGAGUUGGACUUGAUUUGUGGCAAAGGGUUGCAAGAGUACCAAGCCUCGGGAUUCUACUUUGACAAUGGCAUGGGUCAGACAGAGAUUGAAUUUAUGGACCUGGAAGAUCAAGAGAGGCUUCGAGAAGAGAUCUUAACAUUGCUAGGUCUUACCCAUGCGCCAAGGAAAAAUGUUCAUCGGGUGGACAUUAAAAAUACGCAAAAUCAUACGGUACCCCAUUUUAUGAUGGAUAUUUACAACUCAUUGACCGUGGAUUCAAGUCGAACCGGCGAGAUGGUUGGAGAAAUUUCGGAAGAGACUUUGAUCCACAAUCAGUUCCAAAUUUCCCAGAUCGACAUUAAGGCUAUAAACGAUAGUGAUAUAAUCAUGAGCUUUGCAAACCGAGGUCAUCAAGAGGAUCUCCAGUGGACCCAACUAUUCUGGUUUGACACGAACGAACUCCCGAACCCGCAGGACGAAACAGCUUUAAGGGCUGAAUUGAGGUUGUAUAAAGGGCCCGCUGUCAAGGACUUUGACCCCUUGGGAAAGUUCAUAAUCAAAUGCUACCAGUUGGUGGAAGGCAGCACCGGCGAAGCCAACAUGUUGGAUUCACAAGAGUUUGCCUUUCAAGACGAGGGAUGGAUCGUGAUGAAUAUCACAAAGGCUUUGAAGGCCUGGCAAUUUGAUUACCAUACCAACCAAGGUUUGAUGGUGGAAAUCAUUCGAGUGAAUGCACAAAUGCAACUGCAUCCCGUGGCCGUUGGGUUUGCGACCAAUCGAGAGGAACAUUACGAUAAAGAGUCCUUCAUGGUGGCAUAUUUCAAGUCCAAAGAUUCGAAUGCCAUGUACUCGCGAUAUCGCUCAAAAAGAGAGCUGGAGGAAUUCGAGAGCGAAUUGUCCCGACCCAGACGAUCGGCAAAACCAGGCAGGAGAAAAUCAAAUGGAAACAGCAAUACGAGAAACAACAGCCAUAAAAAGAAGCGGAAAUAUUCCAACAUCAACAGUGACUUCAGCUCGAAAAGCAAUAUGUACUCUGAUUUUUAUGGGGGAUCUAGCAAGAACCGGCACUGUCAAAAACGGCAAUUCAGAGUCAGCUUCCGCGAUCUGGGAUGGCAGGAUUGGAUCAUCGCCCCAGACGAUUACGAGGCCUACUAUUGCCAUGGAGAGUGUUCGUUCCCUCUCAAUUCGCAUAUGAAUGCCACCAACCACGCCAUUGUCCAAACAUUGAUGCAUCUAAUGAAUUCCAGCGUUCCCAAACCUUGUUGCUCGCCCACCAAGUUGUCUCCGAUAUCGGUACUUUACUUCGACGAUAGUAUAAAUGUCAUCUUGAAGAAGUACCAAAAUAUGGUGGUCAAAAGCUGUGGGUGCCACUGAAGGCCGAUUUGACAACGGCCGAACACUUAUUUCAAUCAAAAUUGGUAUUAUUGUGCCGUCCUGAGGUGAUAUUGAUAUGCUUUGCUUUUGAAUGAGGCUGUGCUUUGUACAAUAUGAAAUUCGUACGAAAAAAAACGAACAAAACAAUGGCAAUAAUCUUCUGAA